AUGGUUUGGACGUCGCACAACAGGACAACUAUGAACAAACGAAAGACGUUGUACAGCGACGUCGUUAUCAUCGGAGCAGGCUUGUCGGGAAUCGACAUGGCAUGCCAGCUCCAACGACAACUAUGUGUUAGUGACUAUGUGAUUUACGACCGCGCUCGAGAAUUGGGUGGAGCGUGGGCAGCCAAUAAUUAUCCAGGAUGCAGUGUUGAUAUACCUGGCGCUUUAUAUUCGCUGUCGUGGUUCCCGAAUCCAGACUUCACCAGACUGUUCCCUCUAGCGGAAAUUUUAUCCUAUAUCCAACAUGUCGCUCGCGCUAACCAUGUCACUAAACAUGUGAGAUCUCAGAUCGAAUGGAAAGGUGCCCAGUGGGUAGAAGCUUCAAGUAGAUGGCAUGUCUAUCUCUGCGAUUUGAAGACACGAGAAGAAUUCAUUCAUGAAGCCAAAGUGUUGACCUCUGCUGUCGGGGGCUAUACAAAUCCCAAGUUCCCCGUUCUACCUGGCUUGGAGCGGUAUGAGGGUCCCGUCGUGCACACUGCCCAAUGGAACAAGGAGUCCGACCUCCGAGGCCUCAACGUGGCCAUGAGUCAUCUAGGAGACCAUUGGAUUAACAGUCCUGCAGGCUCCGGCUCACAGCUAGUUCCUGCUGUGAUCGACCAAGUUAACAGCCUGACGCAGUUUAUUCGGGCAAGUGUUCCAUUCCAGCGAGCUUGCUUGAUUUUCUGA